UGGGUUUAGACAGAAAUGCAGGAAUGUGUCUUAUCACUGAGCAGACAGGUAUAAGAGCUCAGCUGGUGGAGAGACACAACCACAUGUUGACAGAAUAUGUUGAGGAUACUUCUUUUACCACACAAUUGUAUGAGAAACAGGUUUCCAGUCAACACUCCACAUUGUUCGUGAUGUGACUGACCGGAGAAGAUAAACUCAUUUAAACCAGAGAGGAGAGACACUCGACUGGAUUUAUCAUGUCAGUCAAGCUGUCUAAGAGGCUGAGCAGCAAAAAGAAAAAACCAGAACCUCCAAAAGACAAUGCCCAAACAGAGGUCCUACAUAAGCUGGGUCUGGAUGCCUUCCGGACUGUUCCAUUGGACCCAGCGUCUAUGUUGGGCAUCAGCACUUGGACUCUGGAGAACCAAGCCCCUCUAGAGCCAAAUGAUCUACCACUUGCUUUCCUCCAACGUCUUUGGUUGCUUAGCCCAGACACCAGAAGUCCUUGCUGCAAACCUCUGGAUGAUGCUCUGAACAACAGCGCCCAUUCACCCGAGGAGACAAUCAGUGGUUUUGGAGAAGACAGCCACAGUGCCAUCAACCCCCUUGAUCUAGUUACAGCUGUCUUUAUGUUUGCCAACACUUUCCUUCAGCAGGAGAUGGCUGUGCGCAUGUUGCAAUGCCAGUUUGCUGUGCCCCUGGUCCUUCCAAACAUGGAUCCAGAAGAAUCUAGUCGCUUCCUUCUUUGGCCUUUGAGAGGUGCUGUGAGCCAGUGGAGGUCUCACUUUCCAGAUAAUGACAAGAAGAUCCAUGAGGGGGAUUUGGCAAGUACAUACAUGCCAGUUGUUUCAUGUGUGAAGCUUGGUCACAUCGGUGUCUCUAAGUCACAGGUGCUAAACAAUGUUAUGAGUGGACUUAGAUCUUCCAGUGACACAUUUCUCCACAGGGGAAUGGAUGGAGGACAACUGCCCCGUAGGCUCUCUAAUGGCCUGGUAGAGAUUGGAUGGUAUCUACCCACUGGAGACACUGCCAGUGAUGUUUUCCCUGUCCCUAUGGUCAUCUCUAAUCUAAGAGGGGAUGCUAGUGCACAUGAGAAGUACCUCAGCCUCCUAUGUCAAGCAUCUUCAGCUGUGGUUGUUUUCUGUGGGAAUCUUAGGGAGAAAGACAAACAACUUCUUGCUUACUGCAAUGACAUGGCAAACAAGCUCAUACUGAUUGACCUAUCAGAUAAUGAGAACAAUAAGAACAGAGCUGUGGGAUUUGUUGAUCAGAACCUUCAAGAGCACAUGGGGCUUCCUGGACAAAUAGUGCUGCAAGGGCAAGAUCUGAGUGAGGAGGAACUGGCUAAUAGGCUGCGUGACACUCUGAAAGAUCUUUUACCAAAUGAGCUACAACCUGUUACACUUGAGGCAGCAGCAAAAUUAGCAGAGAAGCUAGGAUUUAAUGUAGAUGAAGGACCAGUCUGUAAAAGGGCAAUGGCAACAGUGGAGGAAGUAUUAAGAGGUUUAGAUGAGGGAUCUGCUCAAUUUAAGGAGAAACAGCUUCCUUUACAGGGGCUUUUGUGGAGCAGACUUGCUGAGGUAGAAAAGAAGGAGAGUAGACAGGAAAAAGAAGGUAAAAAAAGGGAUCCCCAACUGAAAAAAGAAAAGAAAGACAUCUUGGCAGAGUUGAGAAGCUACAAAAUGACCCCAGCAAUGAAGACUUUCACCAAUGCUCUUUCUACAACAGAUAAAGUGGAGAGGGCUUAUUUUCUCACUUGGAUGAAGCUAAUGCUCUGGCUGAAACAAACUGAUAAAACAAACAGCCCACAAGAUCUAUUCACAAACCUGCAAACAGAAAUGAAAAAUAACAUGUCAGAACAUUGUCAUGAGCUACAAAAUGGAGUCAAUAACACUCUAAGGGACAGUCAUAGUUCAACAUUUGAAGAAAAAACAGCUGAAAAGCAGGACGUUUCUGAGCAACAUUCUGAGAAAGGCCAAGAAUCAGAGCAUAUUCUGCAGGUGUCUACAGAAAAUGGAGUCAGUAACACUCUAGGGGACAGUGAUAGUUUCUGCACAGAUUCAAUAUUUGAAGAAGAAACAACUGAAGAGGAGGAACUUUCUGAGCAACAUUUUGAGGGGAGGAGAGGCCAAGAUUUAGAACAUACUCUGCAGGAGUCAGCUCCAGUCUUUGAGGACCAAAAUCAUCAUUUGGAGUUUGAAGAGGAUGAAACCUCUAGCUGCCAAUCCAAACAGCUAGAUGAACCAGUGCUGACACCAGCUAAGUCAGAUUUGACUUCUUCUGCCCAACAACAAAUGUGUCUAGAUGUCGAUGAACCAGUGCUGACACCAGCUAAGACAGAUCUGACUUCCUCUGCCCACAAACAAAUAUGUCUAGAUGUCGAUGAACGAGCGCUGACACCAGUUGAGUCAGAUUUGACUUCUUCUGCCCAACAACAAAUGUGUCUAGAUGUAGAUGAACCAGUGCUGACACCAGUUGAAUCAGAUCUGACUUCUUCUGCCCAACAACAAAUGUGUCUAGAUGUAGAUGAACCAGUGCUGACACCAGUUGAAUCAGAUCUGACUUCUUCUGCCCAACAACAAAUAUGUCUAGAUGUAGAUGAACCAGUGCUGACACCAGCUAAGUCAGAUUUGACUUCUUGUGCGCAACAAAUGUGUCUAGAUGUUUCCUUUGAACAUCCAGAGGUCUCAUGUUCAAAGCCUUUUGAACCUGAUUCAUCCUCACUGGGACUUGAGCACUUUUUGCGAGAGAUGGGCUUAAUUUUUGAGCUAACCCACAUCAGCCCCGGGAGUGGAAACCACAAUGUGUUGCGUCUGCCUGGCUUAGCUACAGACCUUCUUUUACAUGGAAUUCCACUUGAACUAAUGGAUGGAGAUGCCUCAAACAUCCCCAUGUGCUGGUUGGGCUGUGUCUUUGCAGAGCUCCAACGCUGCCUACCUCAAGAACAGCGCAGGAUCCGAGUGCUGACAAACCUUGGAGAACAUCACAGUAGGAACAGUGAGCUUUUUUCUGCUUUAUUUGGGGUUAAAUUUCCUGAAGGAAGGAAAAGAGCCACCAGAGGGGUAUACAUGGUCCCCCUGUCUCUCCCUGAUAACCUCAGAAAAGACAUGGCGUGUGAUUUUCUGCUGUUAAUUGAUGUAGAAGGUCUCUGCGCAGUGUCUCAAGACAACAAAAGAAAUAUGCUGAUUCAUGACAGCGCGAUGGCCACUGUUGCAACAGGAUUGAGUGAUGUUUUAAUGCAGAACAUCUCUUCACAUACCGGCACUGAGUUUGAAACCCAUCUCGCUGUCAUAGCCAGUGCUCUUCUUCGCAUCAAAGAAUGUGGCUCCAUGCCCAUUUGCCAACUCGUGGCCCAGGAUGAAGGAAUAAACAGCUUAUUACAAGCUGCACAGUUACAGCGUGUAUCUGAUAUGCUUCAGGACAAGACUAGGGACAGAGGAACCAACAAUGCUGAUAACCAUUAUGCAAAGGCCACAACCUGCAUCCCAUGUGUCAAAGGGCCUUGGAACAACAUGUCCCUCUCUGAACCAGUUGAUAACCAAUAUAGUAAGGCUCUGUUAAAGCUCAAGCAAAAUCUGUUUGGGGCAUUAAAGCAGUGUCCAGCUAACUCUAAAGCCACAUGUCUGCCUGAAUUUAUGAGCCGUUUGUCUGCUGUUUGGGAUGCAGUGAAAGCAGAAUCAUUCUCCAUUGGUCUGCAAAAUACCGACAUAGCUUUAGCAUUCUCUUUAUUGUGCACAGAGCUUUCCCAUUGGGAGCAUAGAUUCCUGGAACACAUCGAAAGCUGGUUUAAGGAGGCAACAAAGAAAAUCUCUGCUACAAAGGCAAAAACUUUAGAUGCUGCGAUCCAAAAUGGUGUUCUGAGCGAGCUGAGGAAUGAAGCCAGAAAGGAAGUCAAAACAGAAGUGGACACACUCAGGUCAAAAGUAGAGACCUAUCUGGUGAAAUACAACCUCCUCAAAAGGAACACAUUCAGUCCAAUCCUAAUGAGCAAUAUGGAUGACCUCCAGGAGCGAGUAACUGAAGAGAUUAUACAAAGGUUAGGGACAUUCAGCGAGAGCCACUGUUAUUCAACACAGUUGGAAAAAUUUGACACCUUAAUGAAAAAGGAACAGGAAUCCCAGUUUCGGGCACUGAUAGAAAACAGCAAGCUAACCAAAGUGUUCGUUCAAGAUACAGAACUGGAAGAGGUGUUUGAGAGUAUGUGGAGUGAGCUGUUGUUGAACUUUGACUUCAGGCCUUCAGAAAAAGAUGAUAUCACUCCAAGAGUGAUCCGUAUACUGAUGAAGAAUCUAAUGAGCCGUGGUCUCAAGAAACACAUGAAAAAACUUAAUGUCAUUGGUCAAAACCAGAGAUCUAGCUUCCAAGUUUAUGAUGAGCACUUUGGAUACCGCAGCAGAUUAAAGGGCAUGUUUGAAGACAACAACAGACUGCAGAUGGUAGAAGCUCAGCGGCUAGCAUGCAGUAUCAUACAAGAAUACCAUCAGUUUGUGGAAGAUAAAUGUAGCUUACCUGCAGAUUUCUCUGACAGCUAUAUUACAGAACUGUUAGAAAAUGUUGAAACAGCUCUGAAACAAAAACCAGUGGACAUCAGAUCAGCUUAUGAAGCGGAUCUGAAAGUUUACCUCUGUGACGCUGCAUGCAAAGACUUCCAAAAACUACAUGACAGCUUUGUCAAAGACAGCCAGCUUUUGACAUGUAUUACUGCAAACAAGAGUACGUACCAGGCAGAGUUCUUCUACCAGUUCAGGAAGAGAGACCAGUGCCAAAGGAUGGCUCAAGCAUUUACCUCCAUGGUCAUCAAACCUACAGUUUUGGACUACAUCUACAGACCACUGGGGUUACGGAUUGUAGAAGAGAUCCAGGGUAAAGCUCAGCAGUACCGGUCCCCACAGGCCUUCCACCAAAGCCUGUUGGAAGAUCUGAUAAAGGAGGACCGCUUUGAAGGCUUCCUGGAAUAUUUGCUUUCCUGUGACAUCUUCAGAAUGAAGAAGAUCCAGGAGAAAGUGAUGGCUCAUCUCUCUGAAUCAACCAACUUGGAGGAAUGGAAGCAACAGCGACUUGGACAAAUCGUAGGAAAGGUUGCAGCAGCAGUGAGCCAAACUGCAGAAGGUACCAAUGGAGUGCUGAGUGAUACAAAGCCACUGCUGGAGAGAGUGUGCCUCAAUUUAGAGAAAGAUGCAGAUGUGGAUGUCCCCAGGGCCUUUCUGGAUGGACCGGUCUUCAGUAUCACCACAGAAUGGGAUCGCUUUGUCACAUGUGAAAUGGAGGUACUGGCUGCAAUGCGUUUGGACCUAGCCCAGGAGUUCACCCAAAAAGUGGAGAUCACCCAAUUUCUUCAGUGCCUUCCCACACAGCCUCAAGACUCCAUCUUCAACAGAGUGAGAGGGUGUGACCAGCGAUGUCCUCUCUGCAGAGCCCCCUGUGACUUAGCAGAGAUAGGGCAUGAGGUUCACCAGGCGAUGUUCCACAGGCCCAAAGGCAUUUUGCGCUGUGACCCAGUUUCUCUGUCCUGCAUCGGCUGCCCCGAAAGCACGACUGAAGACCAGAGCGAAGACACACACAACAUGUCCGUGCCAUGCAGUAGCCUCCACUCCCUCUACCCAGACUGGAGCAUCUCCCCUGAGGACCCAAACAGCCAGCUGCCCAAUACUUACUGGAGGUAUGUGUUGGCAAGGUUCAAUGAGAUGUUCGCAAACGCAUAUGACCAGGAGCCAGGAGAGAUUCCUGAGGAGUGGAAGAAGAUUACUGCUGAGGAUGCACUGUGCAGUCUGAAGGAGGCCUUCCUCACUGGACAUUGCUGAUAAAAGGACUGUGUUGUGCUGUAUGCUAGCUUUAUCGGAAAUGUGACAAUUUACUGAUAAAGUUCAGGCUCUGUUUUAUCCUGGUUAUAAGAUAAGGACGGUGAUGAUAAUGGCAAUAUUGGACAGAAAGUUAAUCAAAGGGACUGUCCAUUCCAAACACAGAUAAUGAUAUAGUGAUUUGUUUUUGGUUUUGCCUUUUCUUUUUUAUCAGUUUUAUCAGUUCCUUAAUAUGAUAAUGAUGUUCUGUAAAUUGUACUUUUAAAUAUAUAAAGAAACCGAUGAGUCCUUAUGGUCUGAUAUGACAAUCUAUAAAAUUGUAACUUAUCAUGCAUUCAGAACCACCCAGUGGCAAAACCCAUGAUAUCAUUUUUUUUAUACCUUUUAAGCUUUGUCAUUUAAAAAGGAAUAUGAAUGUAUAGGAUUUAGUGAAGGGCAGCAAUGUAAAAUACUUCAGUUAAUACAUCAAGAAAUGUUUUUUGUGUUUUUUUUAUCAUACAUUCAGCAGUGAUUUACAGUAUUUACUUGAUCUGUGUUUUAAAAUGACUAACCAUAUGUAUAUCCAUAACUAUUAGCCUUUUGUUUAUAGGCAGCCAUACCAUAUAUUAUUAUUAUAAUAACCCAUUUUAACUACAAAGAUGUUACAAUAUUUUUGUGAAACAUACAUGAUUUUAAAAUAAUUAAAUAUAAGUA